AUGAAUUUAGAGCGUGAAUCAACCUCAAGCUUUGAGCCGCUACAAAGUCAUUUUUCAUCAAUAAGUACUCAAGGGACUGCUUCUGAUGUGCAACAAAGAGUAUUAUUGGCAUCGGCUGAUCAUAGGCAAUCAAAACUUUUCACUCUUAUCAAGAAAAAAAAAGUUAUUGUUUGUUUCGUGAGUAUAUUGCUUAUUACUGCAGCUGUUUCCAUUCCGCUUGCCAUAUCUAAAAGUUUGCCAUAUCAUUCUACGCUUCACAAUGCUAACUGUAAUUUGACCACGCAUUACUGGGACAAUGGUUGUUUAGUCCGGAAAGGUUUCCGUGCAUUAUGUGAAACACAUGAUCAUUGUAUAACAACACUGUAUUGUGUUACUAUUCCCGGUUUAUAUACUACUCAACAAUAUUGUGGAUGUUUAACGGGUGACUUUUAUUCGAAACAAUCCGGUCUAUGUUAUCCAUGUAACAAUCAUUAUUCAAAACAGAUAGAUAAAUGUACGAAUGACACCUCAUCUGAAAACUUUUUUAAAACGUGGUACGUUAUAAAUUAUCCAACAGAAGAUCGAUGUGUUUAUACUGUACAUGUAGUACAAGGUAAUUUUGAUCGAUCGGUGUGUCCUCGGGCGAACGAUGUCGGUAUGAAGCUACUUACCCAUAGAAUGCCAAGAUUUCCAAUAUUUCAUGAUCGACAAGAGCUUAACUGUUUUAUUGAAUCUGAUAUACAACCGGGAUGGUUUUAUUAUUUGGAUAAAGAGCCCGGUUUGCCUUACUUUACAGAUGGUACACCACUGUUUCUGAACUAUCUUCGAGUCCCAUAUGCAGAAUGUAUUGCUGUUUCGAAACAGGGUCACCCACAAGCAAAAUCAUGCGUCGCAAUUAAAUGUCGAGCAUAUAUUUGCGAUUAUGGUGCAAUUUAA